AUGGAGCCAGAAAAAUCCCGAGGCAACCGUCUCUUAGUAUUUGCCCUGUUAAUCAACUUAAUUUUGACCAUAACGUCUGUCGGAACCGUAAUUUACAAACUGCAGCUAUUGGAAAGACAAGUCUUACAGCUUCAGUCAAGGCCAUCGGUGGCUUUGCAAGGUAAAACCAAUAGCAAUGGCGAUGACGAAGAAGGCGAGCUAAUACAACGACGGAGAAGGGAGUAUGAGUUUUCUGGAGAUGGAGCUAAAAGCUGCGUCAGCUGCCACAAUGCUUGCAUGCAACUCUUUGGUUUGGGAGCAUCUGCGAAGGUAUGUCUAUUGAGCUUACCUAUUUAAUAUCUUAUAGUCAACCAUGCAUGGUCGUGUUGCCUAUACUCAACUAAUUUGCAAGCAAGCCUGUGGGUUGAAUCCGUGGCCAAUGACCAAUGCUAAAAUAAAAGGUUCCCAUUGAGCGCAGGACCGUUUUAAGCACAUGUGGUUGCACACGCUGCGAAUGUUCUAGCACUGUCAAGUCUUGCGCAAUUGAACUAAGUUCGUCAUCAUUCCUUAUUGCACUGGUUUGUCAGCGUUUUGUGAGAUUUUCUUCAGCUUUUUUCUAGCUGCUAUUGUUAUUGAUUUUAUUAAAACAGCAAAUAACUGUAGACCUUUACUUUCGAUGAUCAUUUUAUCAGCUCAAUACAGAGCUUCCAAGAAAAUGAAUACGAAGCUUGAAAUUGGUGUGUGUGACCAAUAGGGUGAUGAUCCAAUGUAUCUGAUAUUAUUGGCUCCUUGGACUCAAAUGCACAAUCUCCUUUUGCGAAACUUUAUUUCUUCCUAUAUUGUCUCAUUUUCCUAGUCUUCCAGUCAGCCCCAGUCGUUUUUUGCCGAGUAUUAACCGGAUAUUUACUGAUCCAGAUCUACUGACCAAAGAUUCGAUAUUGUACGUCGACGUGAUUUUCCCCUUAUCAGAACUUUUUGCCUUGCGCUAUCUACAUCACUUCGCAGAAGGCUAUUUUUACACAGGCUUGCGUGUUUGCCAUUAUUCUGAGAUACAAGGCAGCUACUAAAUUUUGGAGCAACAAUCUUGCUAUUAACGAUAUUUACGGCUAUUGCCUAAUUGGCAGGUCACGCGAUUAACUAAGAGCUGUCUAUUUGGGUCAAAUUGAGUUUUACAAAAACAGGAAACCUAUCACUUUUUUCUUCUAUUAUUUUAUUCUGUGCUAGAUCACAGUAAAAGCAGCAAGCAAUGGUACAGAAAAAGACGUAGUCUGCAUGAGAGGUGAGAAAUUUGACUGA